CAGACUUCAUCCUCAGAAAAUCCCAGGCUGCCAUUGGAGAGAGAACCCGUUGGCACAAGCGAGCAGGACGCAGACGCAGCAGGAGAUAUCGCAGGACGAACGCAGUGUCCACCUCCUCAGCUGAUGUAACCAGACAGCGUAUGUUGGUGUCAGAUAUUUAACCACAGCAACUUCGCGAUAAAAGGAGACAAAAGGAGGCGAGAAAAUGGGACAUACCGCAAUACCUAUAUUGAUGGCUGUUUUGUCCUACUGCGCGUGGGAACAUGUCGAGGCUCUGGCCAUGACCGAGGUGAACGGGCCUGUUGCCCAGGUGGCUGAGCCACAGAUCGCCAUGUUCUGCGGCCGUCAGCUGUUGCACAUGAACCUACAGACGGGCCAGUGGGAGCCGGAUCCUCAGGGCCGCCAGGGCUGCUUCAAAGAGCCCAGCGAAAUCCUGUCCUACUGUCAGGAGGUGUACCCAGCACUCACCAUCUCCCACAUAGAGGAGUCAAAAAGACCCGUCACCAUACCCGCCUGGUGUAAGAAAGGCUGGGGCCACUGCCAGACACACCCCUUCAUAGUGCUGCCCUACCGCUGUCUAGAGGGCGAGUAUGUGAGCGAGGCCCUGUUGGUGCCUGACCGCUGCCGUUUCCUCCACCAGGAGCAGAUGGAUGCCUGCGAGAGUUACGUGUAUUGGCACAAUAUUGCUAAAGAGGAAUGUGCUGCCGAAAAUCUGGAGCUCCACAGCUAUGGGAUGCUGUUGCCAUGUGGAGAUCACUUCCGGGGGGUGGAGUACGUAUGCUGCCCAGGCCGAGGGAGCUCCACCGGGAAAGGAGAGAUGGAGGAAAGAGAGCUCCCUGCCGGUCCUCAAACCCUCCCAGCGCAGACCAGCGCAAAACACAACUCUAUCACCCAAGUGACAGCUCCCACUCCGAGCCCCUCUCCUGAUACCGAUGUGGACGAGGCCGAUAUGGAAGAGGAGGAUGAAGAAGUUAUGGAGGAAGAGGAGGAGGAAGAGGAGGAGGAGGAUGAAGUUGACGAGGAUGAGCCAGAAGACGAAGAGGAAGAGGAGGCGAUCGCUGUGAAGGAUCCAGCGGAAUAUGAUUACCCCAUUGACUCAGGUCCGUACCAGACAUCAGACUAUCUGGACUCCUUCUACUACGAGAAAAGCCACAAACCCACCACCUCCGCUCCCCUGAUGAAGGGCGACAGCUUGACUACACCUCGCCCCACAGAUGGUGUUGAUGUUUAUUUUGAAAAGCCAGUGGAUGACACUGAGCAUGCCAACUUCCUGCGUGCCAAAACAGACCUGGAGGAGCGCAGGAUGAAGAGAAUCAAUGAGAUCAUGAAGGAGUGGGCAGAGGCAGACAACCAAUCAAAGAAUUUGCCAAAGUCAGAGCGACAGGCCCUGAAUGAGCAUUUCCAAUCUGUGCUGCAAACUCUGGAGGAGCAGGUGGCUGGAGAGAGGCAGAGGCUGGUGGAGACUCAUCUUGCAAGGGUGGAGGCCAUCCUCAAUAACAACCGACGCCUGGCCCUGGAGAACUACCUGACCGCUGUACAGUCUGAUCCCCCUCAGCCGGAGCGUGUGCUGCAGGCUCUCAAGCGCUACAUGGCUGCAGAGCAGAAGGACCGCAGGCACACACUCAGACACUACCAGCAUAUUGUGGCUGUCGACCCCCAGAAGGCUGAGCAGAUGAAAUUCCAGGUGUACACACAUCUCCAUGUUAUUGAGGAGAGGAUGAACCAGAGUCUUGCCCUGCUGUACAAGGAUCCCAACUUAGCAGAGGAGCUGCACGACGAUAUCCAGGAGCUGGUCAAGGCAGAAAGAGGCGACAUCAGUGAGCUCAUGACCACCUCCUUCUCCGAGACGCGCACCACUGAGGAGCUUCUGCCUGCUGAGAGCGAGGAGGAGAAGGAUGAUGAGGAGGAAGAGGAGAGAGCCUUCCAGAACAGGCCUUACCCGCCCCGCAUUGAAGUGCAGUCCAAUAAGAAAGCGGCUGCAGUUGAUGAAUAUGAUUACACCACAUCUGAGAGAGGCCCAACCUAUGAAUAUGAGGAAAAAAUCAACACGUCUGUGGAGCUCAAGCAGGUGGUCAACAAGCCUCCUGAGAUUGAGAGAGAUGAGCUGCAACCUGAUGCCUUGGAGACAUUCAACCGUGGCGCCAUGGUGGGGCUGCUGGUGGUGGCUGUGGCAAUCGCUAUGGUGAUGGUGAUCAGUCUGCUGCUGGUGCGCAGGAAGCCAUAUGGCACUAUCAGUCAUGGCAUCGUAGAGCAGGUUGACCCCAUGCUGACACCUGAGGAACGACAGCUCAACAAAAUGCAAAACCAUGGCUAUGAAAACCCCACCUACAAAUUCUUUGAACAGAUGAACUGAGGUAUGGGGGCCGCCAACAAGUCAUGCCUGACCACUUGUUAUGUCCCCCCCUCCCUCUCUAUCUCCCACUCUUCCUUCCUUACAGUGAUGUCGCAGCUACACUCCCUUUGACGAUGUGUUGCAAGCAUAAAGUAACUGAAUAGAGUCGGGUGCGUCCCAAACCCAUUGUAAAUGACCGACAAAAACCUAUCAUCAUUACCAGAAUGUGAAUAAUGAGAUAAGAUACACACACACAUCACUUGUUGUAAUCUAAUACUGCUCUGGGAUAAAGUCUGAGCAUUGUUCUCUCCAUUAGCCAUGCUGCAUUCUUUCAUAAUUCUAAAAAAAAACCAUCCCAGUGGCAUGACUUGACCUGUUGCCCCUCACUGGAAACUGAAGCUGAACGGUGCAUAAUGCUUUAUAGUAUUUAUUUUUCAGUAGCAGUUUAUUUGCUGAAAUUGAACCACAGUUAGAUAUACUGUAUCUGUGUAGAUGAGUGUGAGUGACAGCCUAGAUACAUUAUUGUGUAAAUCGCAAAUAAAACCAACUCAGAGAGGAAGGGCAAUUACCACGCUUAUUUGCAGGCUAACCCUACCCGCCUGAGCUACUGUAACAUCUGACAUCACCUCUGAUAUAAGAAAUGAACAUUAAGUGAAGACAGGGGUGAGCGAGACAUUUCAGCGUCACUGAAGUUGUUUUCUGAGGGUACAAAAACCAUGUUUUGACUUUUGCCCUCUAUUUUGUCAAAACAAACCAAAUAUUCAAUUUAGCAUAACCAAGUCAGUGAAUAAGUAAGUAUCCUUUGUACUGGCACCUAAAGAACUGUAAAACAGAAAAAUCAGAAGUCCGUUAUUUUAAUGAAAGCAUGACAACUCGGUGUAUGAUGCUGCUGUAUUUAUUUGUGUUGUUUUUAGUCAUUGCUUUUGAACAGUCAGAAACGUCACCGUGCAAAAAUGGACACUGUAAAUAACGUAAGAAAUACAUACUACUAGAUGUAGACAUUUCUAUGAUUAAUUUGCAUCGAUGUAAUGGAUUAAUACUUUUAAAAAAAAUAGUACAUUGUGCUGUAACGAGAAGGAGAAACAUUUUUCCUAACAUGGCUGAUUGAAAACGGACUGUUGUAAAAACCAGCACAAGACAAUGACACAGUUACUUCUUUCUGAAUGUAUUUAAGGUAGACGUUGAGAUUCCAUCUUCUUUUAAGUAAACACAUCAUCCCCCCUAGUAGAGCGAAGUAGUGAAGUCAGACACGUCCAGCAGAUAGACUAUAUGACUGAUGCCCCUCUCAUCUCUUCCCGUAGCAGCCUGUUUGUUUUACACAUGUGUCAGCUGUGUGUCAGCGCAGAAGAGCUUCAACCAUUAGGCAUGUCAUGUUGUACAGAGCAGGAAAGUGUAAAGAGGCCACAGCUAUAGUCAUGUGAAGUGUCAGUGUUGUGUAGUACAUCCUAAAAACCGACCACACUCAGGCAUGAUAGUAGAAAAAUUUGCUGUGAGUCUUUAAACCUGCAAGUUUGACACUUUUGGACUCAACAACAUUGAAUGUUAGUACUCUAUAGAUGCUUUAUUUAAGUAACUAGCUUUUCACCGAAUGACUCAUUGUAGUUUGUCAUACUUAUGAUCAACAUAGUACCCUGUAAGUGAGAAGGGGAUUGUCCCCUUUUUUCUGGCUGAUUGUUUUACUGCUUAGUGUGUCAGGUUAAUUCUGUCGGACCAUCUCGGUAGAGGAAGGUCAGAUUGUGGGAUGUUGCUUUUUUGCUCAUCAGUCUUUAACUGUAUGCUAUAAUAUAGAUAAUCCAAACCAAAAUCAAUUCUUUUUUUUUAAAUGUCAUACCGCUGGGAGUUUGCUUUAAAAGCCUGCGUUCAUACGUGGAGGAAAAGUAAUUUUUCUUCUGAGUUUUCUUUUUUCUUUCUAAAGUUUGCUUUAUAAUGAAGCAAAAAAAAAAACUUUGACUAUCAGAGUUAUGAUUUUUUUGCAUUAGUCUUCUGUUUCUCUGGUUAGGCAGGUGAAUUGCCGGUUGCGCUUGUGUUAAGACGGGUGAAGAGAAGUCAUAAGCCCUUGUAUAAUUUGUACAGCUACAUCAGUGAAUGAAAACGUUGUAUGUUCACAGUUUAGGUCAGUUGAUCUUGUAAUGAUACUACUGAAACCAUAGAUGAGAAUAAGCUUGCCUGUGUUUCCCAAAACCACUGAUGGUUUCCUACCAGCAUUUAGCAGACGUAGAAUGGUGUAUACUGUAGUUACUCAAAUCACAUUUGUACGUAAGUCCUCUGUCAAAUUCUAGACUUCUUUGUUGGUCUGUCCCCUUACUUCCCCCUGAUGAAAUAUAAACAAUGUUAUUGAGAUUUUAAUUGCUGCAUUAUUGCCUUUUACAAUGCUGUGUUUUGGAUGUAAUUAUUCUGUAUUUUUUAUUUAAACGUAAUAAUCAGUUGGAUCAAGGGUCAAGCGUUUCACCUGUAAUGUAAAUUUAGGGGCUUGUAUGAGAACACACGUUUAUAACAUUCAGAAAUGUGAAUUAGAGACAGACAUACGGCCUCUUCCUAAUUGACAAGGAGUGGCACUAAGCACAAGUAGAAGCAAAUGACUCAAUUUGUGUACAGGUUGCUAAAUGUUAGCCAUUAAUUGUGUCUGUCUGAAUUAAAUUAGACUGCAUUGAUUCUAGGGAUGUUGAUAGCAUCACUGAGAGAGAGCUGUUCUUCAUUUUCAUUCAGACCUUUGACCAAAGACAUGCUCCACCAAUACGCAGACAGAUUUAAAUUUGGAGGGGGGAAAAAAAAAGUUAUCUGUUGUGUUCCUGUAAAUCUGAGAAAUUAGAGCCGGUCAAGCUAAUAAAUAGUGUAAUAAAAAUGAAUGACCCAUUAAA